AGAUGGAGUGGAUGUUGAAGAUGAUCCCACGUGCUCUUGGCCAGCCUCCUCACCUUCCAGCAAGGACCAGACUUCCCCCAGCCAUGGAGAAGGUUGUGAUUUUGGAGAGGAAGAAGGUGGCCCUGGACUGCCAUAUCCGUGUCAGUUCUGUGACAAGUCGUUUAGCCGCCUCAGCUACCUAAAGCACCAUGAGCAGAGUCACAGUGACAAGCUGCCUUUCAAAUGCACCUACUGCAGUAGGCUGUUCAAACACAAGCGGAGCCGAGACCGCCACAUAAAGCUGCACACUGGAGACAAGAAGUACCACUGCAGUGAAUGUGAUGCCGCAUUCUCCCGAAGUGAUCACUUGAAGAUCCACUUGAAGACGCACACGUCCAACAAGCCAUAUAAAUGUGCCAUUUGUCGUCGUGGGUUCCUGUCCUCUAGUUCCUUGCAUGGACACAUGCAAGUUCACGAAAGGAAUAAGGACGGCUCCCAGUCUGGCUCCAGGAUGGAGGACUGGAAGAUGAAGGACACUCAGAAGUGCAGUCAGUGCGAGGAAGGCUUUGACUUCCCAGAGGACCUCCAGAAGCACAUUGCAGAGUGCCACCCCGAGUGCUCCCCCAACGAGGACCGAGCGGCCCUCCAGUGUGUCUACUGCCACGAGCUCUUUGUCGAGGAGACCUCCCUCAUGAACCAUAUGGAGCAGGUGCACAGUGGGGAGAAGAAGAACUCGUGCAGCAUCUGUUCUGAGAGUUUCCACACAGUGGAGGAACUGUACAGUCACAUGGACAGUCACCAGCAACCAGAGUCCUGCAAUCACAGCAACAGCCCUUCCCUGGUCACGGUGGGCUACACCUCCGUGUCCAGCACUACUCCAGAUUCCAACCUCUCAGUGGACAGCUCAACCAUGGUGGAGGCUGCCCCACCAAUCCCAAAGAGUCGAGGGAGGAAGAGAGCAGCGCAGCAAGCCGCUGACAUGACCGGCUCCUCCAGUAAACAAGCGAAGGUUACCUACAGUUGUAUUUACUGCAACAAGCAGUUAUUUUCGAGUCUUGCAGUUCUGCAGAUUCACUUGAAAACUAUGCAUUUAGAUAAGCCAGAACAGGCCCAUAUUUGUCAGUAUUGCUUGGAGGUUUUACCCUCACUCUAUAACCUAAACGAACAUCUUAAGCAAGUGCACGAAGCUCAGGACCCAGGCCUGAUUGUCUCCUCCAUGCCUGCCAUAGUUUACCAGUGCAACUUCUGUUCCGAAGUUGUCAAUGACCUCAACACCCUCCAGGAGCACAUCCGAUGUUCUCAUGGUUUUGCCAACCCUGCCGCUAAGGACAGUAAUGCAUUUUUUUGUCCCCAUUGCUAUAUGGGCUUUCUCACUGACUCUUCCCUUGAAGAGCAUAUAAGACAGGUCCAUUGUGACCUCAGUGGCUCCCGAUUUGGGUCUCCAGUGCUUGGAACUCCAAAAGAACCAGUAGUAGAAGUGUAUUCCUGUUCCUAUUGUACGAAUUCACCAAUAUUCAACAGUGUUCUUAAACUGAACAAGCAUAUCAAAGAGAAUCACAAAAACAUUCCCUUGGCCCUGAAUUAUAUUCACAAUGGGAAGAAAUCCCGGGCCUUGAGCCCCCUGUCUCCUGUGGCCAUAGAGCAGACAUCUCUUAAGAUGAUGCAGGCGGUGGGAGGCGCACCUGCGCGUCCAGCGGGAGAAUACAUUUGUAAUCAGUGUGGUGCUAAGUACACGUCCCUAGACAGCUUUCAGACUCACCUAAAAACUCAUCUGGACACUGUGCUGCCGAAAUUGACCUGUCCGCAGUGCAACAAGGAAUUCCCCAACCAGGAAUCCUUGCUGAAGCAUGUGACUAUUCACUUUAUGAUCACCUCAACGUAUUACAUCUGCGAGAGUUGCGAUAAGCAAUUCACGUCAGUGGAUGACCUUCAGAAACACCUGCUGGACAUGCACACCUUUGUCUUCUUCCGCUGCACCCUCUGCCAGGAAGUGUUUGACUCGAAAGUCUCCAUUCAGCUGCACUUGGCCGUGAAGCAUAGUAAUGAAAAGAAAGUCUAUCGGUGCACAUCGUGCAACUGGGACUUCCGCAAUGAGACCGACUUGCAGCUGCAUGUGAAACACAACCACCUGGAAAACCAAGGCAAGGUGCACAAGUGCAUCUUCUGUGGCGAGUCCUUCGGCACUGAAGUGGAGCUGCAGUGCCACAUCACCACCCACAGUAAGAAGUACAACUGCAAGUUCUGCAGCAAAGCCUUCCAUGCCAUCAUUUUGCUAGAGAAACACUUGCGAGAGAAGCAUUGUGUGUUUGAAACCAAGACACCCAACUGUGGAACAAAUGGAGCUUCCGAGCAAGUGCAGAAAGAGGAAGUGGAGCUGCAGACCUUACUGACCAACAGUCAGGAGUCCCACAACAGUCACGAUGGGAGUGAAGAAGACGUGGAUAGCUCUGAGCCUAUGUAUGGGUGCGACAUCUGUGGGGCAGCCUACACGAUGGAAACCCUGCUGCAGAACCACCAGCUGCGGGACCACAACAUCAGACCUGGAGAAAGCGCCAUUGUGAAAAAGAAAGCUGAGCUCAUUAAAGGGAAUUACAAGUGCAACGUGUGCUCUCGCACCUUCUUCUCUGAAAAUGGCCUCCGUGAACACAUGCAGACUCACCUAGGCCCUGUCAAACACUACAUGUGCCCGAUUUGUGGAGAGCGUUUUCCCUCCCUUUUAACUCUUACUGAACACAAAGUCACACACAGUAAGAGCCUCGAUACCGGAAACUGCCGGAUCUGCAAGAUGCCACUCCAGAGUGAAGAGGAGUUUUUGGAGCAUUGCCAAAUGCACCCUGACUUGAGGAAUUCCCUCACGGGUUUCCGUUGCGUGGUGUGCAUGCAGACUGUGACCUCCACCUUGGAACUGAAAAUCCACGGGACAUUCCACAUGCAAAAGACAGGGAACGGGUCCUCUGUGCAGACCACAGGGCGUGGCCAGCACGGCCAGAAACUGUACAAGUGUGCAUCUUGCCUCAAAGAAUUCCGUUCCAAGCAAGAUCUGGUGAAACUUGACAUCAAUGGCCUGCCAUAUGGUCUGUGUGCUGGCUGCGUGAAUCUCAGUAAGAGCAGUAGCCCAGGCAUCAGCCUCCCACCCAGCACGAACAGACCAGGCUUGGGCCAGAAUGAGAAUUUGAGUUCCAUGGAGGGCAAAGGCAAGGCAGGGGGACUGAAGACACGCUGCUCCAGCUGCAACGUCAAAUUUGAGUCAGAAAGUGAACUCCAGAACCACAUCCAGUCUGUGCAUCGAGAGCUUGUGCCAGAUAGCAACAGCACACAGUUGAAAACGCCACAAGUGUCACCCAUGCCCAGAAUCAGUCCUUCCCAGUCGGAUGAGAAGAAGACCUAUCAAUGCAUCAAGUGCCAGAUGGUGUUCUACAAUGAGUGGGACAUCCAGGUUCAUGUUGCAAAUCACAUGAUUGGUGAGUGACUCUCCACUCCUUAUUACAGAUAGAUGUCUCUCCUACUUGUGUACAUCAGUGCCUAUGUAAUUAAACAGCAUUAAAGAGGAAUUAAUUGUACAACCAUCAAUGGAUUACCUAGGCAUGACUGAUUUUUUUAUUCCUAUUAUUAGACCUGAUAAGGCAUUAGCAUGUUUUAUUUUCUGCGAGGGCUAGUUUAGACUUCUACAGAGGAUUAUACAUCUACUGCCAGUCAAAGCACAGGUGAUUAACAAAUUAAACUUCUAAUCAUU